AUGGAGCCCCCGCACAAACCCGCUCCCGCACCGCCCGCCCCGCACCGCCCGCGGCCCCGGCCCCGCAGCCGCGCCCCCGGACACCCCUCGGGCCGUCGGUGCCGCCGCCUCAGCCGCGGCCGCGCCCCCACCCAACAACUCCCCCCGAACGGACACGGUGGAAAAAACAACACACACCGUACGCGUGGCUCCAGCCGGCGGAGCCGGGCGGGGCGGGGCGGGGGCACCGGGGCGGCCCGGGCACGGCCGGGCCGGGCGGGCCCGCGGGCAGGGAGGGCCCGGGCCCGGCCGCCGCCGCCCUGCCCGGCAGGCGGCGCUGCCCUCGCGCCGCCCGGGGCGCGGGGCGGCCCAGCCGGGGCAGCUGAGGCGGGCCCGGGCUCUGGGGCCGGGCUGGCGGGUCCGCGGGCCGGGGUGUCGCCCGCGCCCUCCUCCGUGCCCCGCCAGGGCACAGAGACCCCACAAACAAGCAGCAAGCACCCGAAGCUGCCCCCGAGCCACCAGCCCGCUCUGCCGCGGCGGCUCCUCCGGGGGGCGUCAGCGUGCAGAGGUCAUGUCCCCCUCAGCAGGUUUCUCCCAAGGCGUGUCCCCGAUGUGGGGCUCAUCUCAAUGGGAUCUCUUCCCAGAAAAACUGCUCACCAGUCUUGUGGUUUGUGGAUGAGGAUCAGAACCCAUUGCUCUGUCCACGGGAGGGAAGGCACUGAUCACUGGAAUUUGGAAAUGUGUUGAGAGGACCCUGAAACAAACAGAAGUUUAGCCCAGAAGGAAGCCCUGGAGGAUGGAAGCACAGCCCUGCAAAGGCUGAGGUAUAGCUGAGGCAGGGAGGGGGAGGAGGAACAUUGAAGUGCUGCCUGUUUGGCUCCCCCUGCUCCCAUUUCUGCUCUGGGAACACAACCUAAGGCAGAUCCCCUGCUGAUAUGGAGGUCACACAGUUUAUUUCUGUCACACUCACGUGGUCUUGCCAAUACCAGGGGAGCAUGAAUCAGAAGGUUAUUUUAAAACCAAAAAUAUAUGUGUCGCUUUGUAUUAUGCAGCAUCGAAGGACCACUUAGGAUCAGGGCUUCACCUAUUGCAUGCUGAAUCUGUUACAAGUGGAACAUGUGUUGUGUUGUUGAUCCUCUGAGAAAUUUCAACCCAAGAUGCAACGAGCUGUGGGAGGAGAAGGGAGGGUAAAGGAGCAGAAGUGUUGGGUGCUCUGCACAAUGCUGGAAAGGAGGCAGAAGGCAAUAUGCUAAAAACUGUCACUUAGAACUAUUUAGGCAAGUAACUGAAAGACUUGGAACAGUGGAAAAGACCUUCUUUGUUUAACUAAACACUAAAGACAUCUGAAAGAUCUGGAGUUGAUGUGGGGCUGGGGUGGGAGGAGGCAGGACAGGCAGGUGAGCAGAUUGAUGGCAUUGUUGCAGCUUGCCCAUAUAGUGUUUGGGUUCUUUAUUUCCUCAGCUAUGUUUAUCUGGUGGGAUAUUGUUGAUACAAGCUUG